ACUACAAGAACUUUUUUCCCUUAGAAUACCACAUGGUACCAGUGUGGUAUUGUGAAAACAUUAAGCAUAGUAGAGUUUUUCGUUUGGUAUUGUGAAGUAUGUAGUUGAAAUUAGACAUUCAGAAUCACGAAUCUAGUUUUUGAAGAAAGAAGUGAUGAUUUACCUUGAUCGUUGAAGACGUCGAAGUUGGAAACCCUAACUUUAUCGCUGAAGACGUCGAAGUGGAAACCCUCACUUGAUCGCUGAAGAACUGAGAUCAGUAUCCUUUGCUAAGCGAACUAAAAAUUCGAGUAUGCAGUUUGCGAAGAUGAAAUCCGAGAGAGAGAGAGAAAGAUGGAGAGAGAAUGGACAGCGUAAAUGCAUAGCGAAAAAGCAGAGAUAAAACUCGAACCGCCUGUGAUUUUUUUUUGUUUUUGCAGAGUUGGUGAUAAUGAUGGCGGGGAAGGCUCGCUUUACUUUUUCAAAUUGUCAGAAGGAUUUGUCCAGUUACUAUUUUACCCCUACGUGUAUUUGCUAUUCUGCAUCUUACGGUUAUCAAUGGAUUGCAAUGGAUGGCAGAUCGGCUGGUUACCGUUACUCACCGGUAGGUUACUUACGGGAACUGCUCACUCGUCUCUCUCCCCAUCAUCACCUCAUCCCAUUCUGUCCAUUUCCAAGUCCUCAUGGCCGCCACCGCCGCUUCUCCCCGUCUCACCGCCCUCUUUGUCGCCCAAAACCGCUCCCUCGUCCCUCUACGCGCCACCACGAUUCUCAAUCUCCGGCCGAAUACUCGCCGCCGGAGACAAAACCUCUCUCUCCACUUCCCUCCUCUGCCGUCCGGCCGAGACAUCUCCUGCAAGGCGACCGAGGUCUCGCUAAGCGAUGAGUCCCCAUCUCCGUCGUCCGGCGGCGGCGGUGGCAACUGGGCUCCGGUGGUGCCGCUGGCGGCGCUGUCGAAGGGGGUGCAACGGGUGAUUAUUCAGGAAGGGGAGACGAUUCUCUUGCUUUGGUAUAAGGACCAAGUGUUUGCCAUUGAGAAUCGGUCUCCUGCCGAGGGAGCUUACAGCGAAGGGCUCAUCAACGCCAAGCUCACCCAGGAUGGUUGUAUAGUUUGCCCCACAACGGAUAGCACAUUCGAUCUUCGAACAGGAGAGAUCAAAGAAUGGUAUCCAAACAACCCUGUUCUGAGAGUCCUCACACAUGCUCUCAGAUCACUCUAUGUAUACCCUCUUAAAACGGACGAACAUAAUAUCUACUUAGGGAUGAGCGUGUUAGACCAAGCUAGGUCAAUAAUGGAUACUUUUGAUGUGGUCAAUGCAUAAAUUAAUUCAGAUUUCAAUAGUGAGAGAUUAGCACUAGCUUGAUUGAGCAAUCCAAAAGGGCUUGCCAAGAAUCUCUCCUGAAGUAGGGAUGGCAAUGGGUCGGGUUGGGGCGGGUUUUGUCAAACCCAAACCCAUGGGUUUAUCCGCCAAAAAAACCCGGGGUAAAACCCGUUGGGUUUGAAAAACUCAAACCCAACCCAACCCGCUGGGUAUCCGCGGGUUCAUGGGUACCCGUGGGUUUUUGUGGUAAAAAUUUACAAUAACAAGUUUCUUUCAAAAUAAAAGUUUAACAUCAAUUUUCACAUACAAAUUAAUCAUACAAAAAACACCAAUCUAGAGCAUACAAGCAAACUGCAAAUGAUCAAUAAAAAUUGUUCAAAAUU